UAAUAAUAAUAAAAAAACUUUCAUACCAGUUAUUGUCACACUACGUGUAGUGAAGAGUGAGGAAUGAGAAAACCAGGAAUGCACAGAACAAUCUUCUUUUAUUACAAUAAUCCACAGGAAUACACAGGGCAGACAGGAGCACAGGAAACACAGAGGUAGAAGUAUAUUCUCCGACAAACAUGAACUUAAUGGACAGAGGCUUAUGAACACAGAAUAAUUGGGAAAACACAGGUGCUUGGAAUGACACAGUUAACGUGGGACACGGAACACAUGCAGGGAAAACACAACAUAAUGACUCCGGGGUGUAAUAUUACUCCCCCCUCCCGCAAGGUGUGACCUCACACCAUAGAACAACGAGGGUGUGGGGGCUGGAGCUUGGAGCAGGAGGAGCCCAGCAGGACCGAGGACGAGGAGUCCGAGGAGUCCGAGGUGGAGAGCCAAAGAUCCAGGGUCACAGAGAGGAUCCGGAGCUGAAGCAACAGAGGACUGAGUUGGAGCCGAAGGGGAUAAAGGAGCCUGACGGAGCCAGGGGGAUGGAGGAAAGAGGAAACCCUAGACCAAGGUGGAGCCGGAGGGAUGAUAAGAGCCAGAGACUUGUGGACUGCUGGGAGGGAGAGAGGGAGGGAGCUAUGAGCCAUGGUGGAGCCGACUGGUCAAACGACCGAGGCGGAGUCCAGGUCUCGGAGGUUGGAGGCGGUGGUAUGAAGAGACUCUGACCACAGCGACGCUGGAGGAUGGCAGUCCCGCGGGGCUUGCACCACAAUGAUGGUGGGCUGAGGGCUGCCAGAUGACAACAGUGGAGGAGGCUGGAGCAGGUGGGAGUGCGGGUAUUUUCGAGGAGCAGGCACUGGAGAGCACAUUCUAAGAGGAGACACUGGAGAGCACGUUCUAGGAGCAGGCACUGGAGGGUACAUGUUAGGAGCAGACACUGGAGGGCACAUGUUAGGAGCAGGCACUGGAGGGCACAUUCUAAGAGCAAGCAAUGGAGAGCACAUUCUAGGAGCAGGAACUGGAGAGCACAUUCUAAGAGCAGGCACUGGAGGGCACAUUCUAGAAGCAGGCACUGGAGGGCACAUGUUAGGAGCAGGCACUGGAGAGCACAUUCUAGGAGCAGGCACUGGAGGGCACAUUCUAGAAGCAGGCACUGGAGGGCACAUGUUAGGAGCAGGCACUGGAGAGCACAUUCUAGGAGCAGGCACUGGAGAGCACAUGUUAGGAGCAGGCACUGGAGGGCACAUUCUAGGAGCAGACACUGGAGGGCACAUGUUAGGAGCAGGCACUGGAGGGCACAUGUUAGGAGCAGGCACUGGAGAGCACAUUCCAAGAGCAGGCACAUGUGAAUCAGAAGCCCCCUCAGGGCUGGACGAGGGAACCAUGGACAAAGAAGGGCUGGAUGGGACCAGUAGAGACAAAGCAGAGAUCUCCAGAUCAGAUUCCCAGUCAAUGAGAUCCUCCUCCUUGUUUUGGCAUUUUGCCGCACCAUAGUCAGCUCACCAUCAACCAUGGUGCAGGGGGCGGGGGUCCUCUCACUCUUGUGGCACUCUCGUGGACUGAUGUCACAGCCUCUGGCUCUGUGGUGAUCCUCAGCUAUGUCGCUCUCUCUAGUGAUGGCUCAUCGGUUGCGGCGGGCUCAGGCUCUCCAUCAGCAGUGGUAUCAGGCAUGUGCUCCGCAGAUCGGGUAGAUGGUGGGCUGGGUUCUGGGUCAGGAGGUGCACCGGCGGGGAACAGAGAUCCAUUUCUCGCCAGUGUCCACUCCACAAAGCUGGUGAAUUCCGCUCGAGGGCCAUCUUCGGAUUAUGACGCUGUUGAGGUUGGCAUCACAGAAUGUGCAGAAUGCUUCAUCUGGAUGAAUUUUUCUCCCUGCUGCAGCAGGAGGAGGAUGAAUUGGGAGUGAAGGAAGGGAUCCAUAACAACACACUGGAAACAAAAGGACUGAGGAAAACCGGAAAACAAAUGUAGGGUAGACACGCAAUUUAACUGUUCUGGUCUGAGAUUCUGUCACCCUAUAUGUAGCGAGGAGUGAGGAAACCAGGAAUGCACGGAACAACUCGUCAACACACUGAAUUUAACAUUUCCUAUAAUAAGAGAUGACUGACUGAAGUUGAGGGAAUCUUACCCGAGUGUCUCUUCACUCUGCACAGUCAGAACCAAGUCACUGAAGCAAAUGUCAUCUUGACCACAGUCCUUUGAGAACGGGAU